GUUCUUGCAUUUGUUGGUUGUGUGGCAGCUGAGGCUAGCCUGGGAUAUGGAGGAGCGUAUCAUCCCUAUGGAGGAUACAGCUAUACCCACAGAAGCCCCCAAGGACUAUCUGGAUAUGGAUAUGGACAUGGAAUCGGCAAGAGGUCUGCUGAUGCUGAGCCAAGUCUUGGUUAUGGAGGAGCCUACCAUCCUUAUGGAGGAUCCAGCUAUACCUACAGAAGUGUCCAGGGACUUACCGCAUACAACACCGGAUAUGGAUAUGGACAUGGACUCUACAAGCGUGAGGCUGAGCCCAGCUACUAUGGAUAUGGUCCAGCUCUUGCUUACCAUUCAUAUGGUGGUGUCAGCUAUGAAGCUAGAAGCCCCCAGGGUCUUUCCGGAUACUAUGGUCAUGGAAUUGGUAAGAGAUCUGCUGAUGCUUCAUAUGGGUAUGGUUACAAUGGACCUAGCUCUGCUAGCGUGAGAGUCAAUGUUGACCACCCUUACAGCUACAAUCCUAGCUCAUACACUUAUGGUUAUGACAUCCACUCUAUUGGAAAGAGGUCCGCUGAGCCUUCUUACUAUGGAGGAUAUGGUUAUGGUGGAAACUCUUAUGUUUCUGAGUCUCGACCUCUGUACACAUAUGGAUAUGGAAUCAACCAUGUUGGCAAGAGGUCUGCUGAGCCUUCUUAUUACACCCCUUAUUCUUAUGGAUCCAGCUACCAGCAUGUGUCAAGACCCUAUUCUAACUAUGGAGUCAAUGUCUACCACGGCUAG